AUGAACCCCGAGAAGGAUUUUGCACCGCUCACGCCCAACAUCGUGCGCGCCCUCAAUGACAAGCUGUACGAAAAGCGGAAGGUAGCAGCGCUGGAGAUCGAGAAGCUGGUCCGGGAGUUCGUGGCCCAGAACAACACCGCGCAGAUCAAGCACGUGAUCCAGACCCUGGCUCAGGAGUUCGCCCUGUCUCAGCACCCCCACAGCCGCAAGGGGGGCCUCAUCGGCCUGGCCGCCUGCUCCAUCGCCCUGGGCAAGGACUCGGGGCUCUACCUGAAGGAGCUGAUCGAGCCGGUGCUGACCUGCUUCAAUGACGCGGACAGCAGGCUGCGCUACUACGCCUGCGAGGCCCUCUACAACAUCGUCAAGGUGGCCCGGGGCGCCGUGCUGCCCCACUUCAACGUCCUCUUUGACGGGCUGAGCAAGUUGGCUGCUGACCCAGACCCCAAUGUGAAAAGUGGAUCCGAGCUCCUGGACCGCCUUUUAAAGGACAUUGUGACUGAAAGCAACAAGUUUGACCUGGUGGGCUUCAUCCCCUUGCUGCGGGAGAGGAUUUACUCCAACAACCAGUACGCCCGGCAGUUCAUCAUCUCCUGGAUCCUGGUUCUGGAGUCUGUGCCAGACAUUAACCUGCUGGAUUACCUUCCGGAGAUCCUGGAUGGACUCUUCCAGAUCUUGGGAGACAACAGCAAAGAGAUUCGGAAAAUGUGUGAGGUGGUUCUUGGAGAAUUCCUGAAAGAAAUCAAGAAGAACCCCUCCAGCGUCAAGUUUGCCGAGAUGGCCAACAUCCUGGUGAUCCACUGCCAGACCACAGAUGAUCUGAUCCAGCUGACAGCCAUGUGCUGGAUGCGGGAGUUCAUCCAGCUGGCCGGCCGGGUGAUGUUGCCCUAUUCCUCGGGGAUCCUGACCGCCGUCUUGCCCUGCCUGGCCUACGAUGACCGCAAGAAAAGCAUCAAGGAGGCAGCCAAUGUGUGCAACCAGAGCCUGAUGAAGCUAGUCACCCCUGAAGACGAUGAACCAGAAGAGCCAAGGCCCAUGGUGCAGAAACAGGCAGGACCCAGCCACGAUGACUCCCUGGCAAAGCAGGAGGGGACAGACAGGGGAGGUCCCGAUGGCUCCUGUGACUCUAGCUUCAGUAGCAGCAUCAGUGUCUUCACUCCAGCCAGCACUGAAAGGGCCCCGGUGACCCUUCAUCUGGACGGGAUUGUGCAAGUGCUGAACUGCCACCUGAGUGACACGGCCAUUGGGAUGAUGACCAGGAUCGCCGUGCUCAAGUGGCUCUACCACCUCUACAUCAAGACCCCCCGGAAGAUGUUCCGGCACACAGACAGCCUCUUCCCCAUCCUGCUUCAGACACUAUCAGAUGAGUCAGAUGAGGUUAUCCUGAAGGAUCUGGAGGUGUUGGCAGAAAUUGCUUCCUCCCCCGCGGGCCAGACGGGUGACCUGGGCCCCCUCAACGGCCCCGACCUGCGGGCCAGCCUCUCGGAGCUCCAGGUGCCCGCCGCGGGCAGAGCCGGCCUGCUGAGCGCUCCCAGUUCCAAAGGCUUAGAGUGUUCUCCUUCCACCCCCACCAUGAACUCCUACUUUUACAAGUUCAUGAUCAACCUUCUCAAGAGGUUCAGCAGUGAGCGGAAACUCCUGGAGGUCAGAGGCGCUUUCAUCAUCAGGCAGCUCUGCCUCCUGCUGAACGCAGAGAACAUCUUCCACUCGAUGGCGGACAUCCUGCUCCACGAGGAGGACCUCAAGUUCGCCUCCACCAUGGUCCACACCCUCAACACCAUCCUGCUGACCUCCACGGAGCUCUUCCAGCUGAGGAACCAGCUCAAAGACCUAAAGACUCCGGAGAGCCAGAACCUGUUCUGCUGCCUGUACCGCUCCUGGUGCCACAACCCCGUCACCACGGUGUCCCUCUGCUUCCUCACCCAGAACUACCAGCACGCCUAUGACCUCAUCCAGAAGUUUGGGGACCUGGAGGUCACCGUGGAUUUCCUCACAGAGGUGGACAAGCUGGUGCAGCUGAUUGAGUGUCCCAUCUUCACAUAUCUGCGCCUGCAGCUACUGGACGUGAAGAACAACCCAUACCUGAUCAAGGCCCUCUACGGCCUGCUCAUGCUGCUGCCCCAGAGCAGCGCCUUCCAGCUGCUCUCCCACCGGCUCCAGUGUGUCCCCAACCCCGAGCUGCUGCAGACCGAGGACAGUCUGAAGGCAGCCCUCCACCCCCAGAAAGCAGAUUGCCCCAGUAUCGACUACAUGGAGCUGCUACAGCACUUCGAGAAGGUCCAGAACAAGCACCUGGAAGUGAGGCACCAACGGAGUGGGCGUGGGGACCACCUGGACCGAAGGGUUGUCCUCUGACAGGCCUGGCAUGGGGAGGGCGAAGAAGUGGCCCCAUGGAGCACUUGGGGCCUUCAAGCACCCUCCCUGCAGAGCCCAAGGACCUGCCUCUCAAGGGCACCGCUGGGCCUGGCCCCCAGCCAAGGCAGGAUUGGGGGACAGAGCGACUCUAUGCACCCCGGCCCCUCAGCCCAGUCCCCUGGGCCCCCAGCACUGUCAACUGUACCCUGGCACUGAAGCAGAGCUGGUUUCCCACCGGGGUGGGGCUGCAGCCUCAAAUGCCACCCAUCUUACCAGUCUCUUUGAAAAACCCUCUUGUAAAAGAGCUUGAUCUCCCCAACCCACCUGAGCUCUGUCCUGUGUGUCUGUGUAAACACAUGUGGACAUGCAGACAUCCAUGUAUGCACACGUCAGGGCCAGGGUCAACACUCCCCUGCCCCAAUAAAGAAAUGACUGAAAACCCUCAA